UGAACCAAAUGCAGGUAACCAAGAGAAAAAAAAAAAAUCCUCAGCGCUUGUCAUGGUGUUAGAGUGAAAGGGACCUGAAGUUGUUUGUUUUUUUUGGUUUUGUUUUGUUCAUUUACCAGUCAGACCAGAAAGUCGGGAAUAGGAACACACGCACACGAGUCUGGACCAGGUAGAACAUUCUGUCGCGCACUCUUUGUAUUCUGUUUGAGAACUCUUCUUUUAGUUUUACAUUUCAUUUCUAGCUCUUUCCACCCCCACCCCCCUUAUCACUUGGAAAAAAGGUGACCCUCGUGUUGUUUUUUUUUUUGUUUGUUUGGUAUGUGCCUGUGAUUGUAGUUUUCUGCCUCUUAUGGUCCCCCCUGAUGGCUUCGCACAAUGAUACUGUGGUGGUGUUCUUUGGGGCAACAGCUGGUGCAAGUGGGGUUAAACUGGGUUCGGAUGAGAGGGAAUUAAUUCUCUUGGUGUGGCAAAUUGUGGACCUGCAGAACAAGAAGGUGGGGAAAUUACACAGGUGCCUGGUAAAACCCGACAGCCUGGAACUAGCAGAUCAGUGUAAAGAAGACACGGGUCUGAAUUUGGAUGACAUUUCUAAAGCCGAGCCUUUAGAUGGCGUUCUGCAACAGUUUCACCAGUCCGUGUCAAGCGAGCUGAAGGCCCUGGGUAGGAGCUCCUUCACACUCUGUACAGACGGGCCCUUCCUUAUCAGACAGGUCUUCCAUCCAGAGGCCUCCAACAAGAAUCUGGUCCUGCCAGAUUGUUUUUAUUCCUUUGUUGACCUGCGGAAGGAGCUUCAUAAAUGUUGUCCCAACUCUGGCUGUGCUCAGGAUCACACCCUUUCCUCCAUGGCAGAUUAUUUAAACAUCCCUACAGAAAACACAGAAACAAGCGUAGGGGUCUGGGAGGUGAAAACUAUGGCGACGAUCGUUUUACGACUUCUUUCUGAACCACACAAUCACAAAUUCACAGACUUUGAGACAGUGAAGUACAAGUUUGAAACCGGCACCUGUAGGAAGUCAGAGGCUGUGGACAGCGAGACAGUGAUCCGAGCCAGGGGACUCCCAUGGCAGUCUUCAGACCAAGACGUUGCCAGAUUCUUCAAAGGGCUCAACAUCGCCAAGGGCGGGGUGGCGCUGUGCCUCAAUGCACAGGGCAGGCGGAACGGAGAGGCACUUGUUCGGUUUGUCAGUCCGGAGCACAGAGACCUGGCCCUGGAGAGACACAAGCAUCACAUGGGCAGCCGGUAUAUAGAGGUUUAUAAAGCUACAGGAGAGGAAUUUCUAAAAAUAGCAGGUGGCACUUCCAAUGAAGUCGCCCAGUUCCUGUCAAAGGAGAACCAGGUGAUCAUCCGCAUGCGCGGGCUGCCCUUCACCGCCACCGCGGAGGAAGUGCUCAGCUUCCUGGGUCCAGACUGCCCUGUGACGGACGACAAGGAGGGGCUGCUCUUCGUCAAGUACCCUGACGGGAGGCCCACGGGGGACGCCUUCGUGCUGUUCGCCUGCGAGGAGUAUGCUCAGAACGCCAUCAAGAAGCACAGGGAGAUCCUGGGCAAGCGCUACAUCGAGCUGUUCCGCAGCACUGCGGCAGAGGUGCAGCAGGUUUUGAACCGGUACAUGUCCACCCCUCUGAUCUCCACCCUGCCGCCCCCCAUGCUGCCGGUGAUCCCCCAGCCCUUCAUCAUGACAGGGCCGGCGCGGGACUGUGUCCGGCUCAGGGGCCUCCCCUACACUGCCACCAUCGAGGACAUCCUGGAGUUCAUGGCCGAGUUCAUGGUGGACAUCAAGCCCCACGGCGUCCACAUGGUCCUCAACCAGCAGGGUCGCCCAUCCGGGGAUGCCUUCAUUCAGAUGAAGUCCGCGGAGCGCUCCUUCCUGGUGGCUCAGAAGUGCCACAAAAAGAUGAUGAAGGACCGCUACGUGGAGGUGUUCCAGUGCUCUGGGGAGGAGAUGAGUUUUGUUUUAAUGGGUGGCACUUUAAACCGUAGUGGCUUGUCGCCGCCGCCAUGUAAGUUACCAUGCCUCUCCCCCCCUGGCUAUGCUUUCCAGACCACUGCCGCAGUGAUCCCUGAAGCAGCGCUUUACCAGCCUCAAGCUCUGCUGGCCUCUCCCAGGACCCCCCAGCCCCCUGCCCCCACAGCACCCCCUGCUAUCGCUUACUACUCCACGCAGGCGCACGCACAGGCACAGGCACAAGCACAGGCACAGCUCUACAUGAACAUGAGCAUGAACAUGAACUACACUGCGUACUACCCGAGCCCCCCUGUCUCCCCCACCACAGUGGGUUACUUUGCUGCUCCUCACGGCUCUAUGAUCGCUGCCCAAGCCUCCCCCAGCGCCAUGCUGCCUCAGCCAGGGGCCCUGGUCCGAAUGCAGGGGCUGCCCUACAACACCGGCAUCAAGGAGAUCCUCAACUUCUUCCAGGGAUACCAGUAUGCACCCGAUGACUACAACAGCCUUAUUCAGACGAACGAUCAAGCAAGGAGCUUGUUACAGCCUCCCAAAGAGUGGGUCUGUUUGUAAUUGCCCCGCCUUUCAUUAAUCCGAGUAGCUCCACCCAGACUCUGUUCUUGUGCUCUGUAACGGGGAGGCGUUGGUGACUUUUUCGAAUGUUGACAUGGCGAAGCAAGCUGUGGCUGAGAGAUCGGAGCGGACCCUGGCUGGACGCUACAUCAGCC